AACCUGAAAAACGUAACUGCAACAGCAAGAAAAUUUACAGUUACAGUUACAGUGAUGCGCAAUAACAACAACAGCAACAUGGAGUUUUCAACACAUCGGCAAAGUUUAUACUGGCUUCUGGGAUUAUGUCUAUUGUUAUUCGAAACAGGAUGUACAGAUGCACAAAACAAACGUUCAUCACGCGUUACCAAUUCACGCAGCUUUGGCACCAAUAUAAAAUCAACCAGCUCAAAUGGUAUUAGCUUCGAUUGUCCCGAAGAGUUUGGAUACUAUCCGCAUCCCACGGACUGCACUCAGUAUUACGUAUGUGUAUUUGGCGGUGCACUACUCGAAAGUUGUACUGGAGGUCUUAUGUACUCGCACGAGUUGCAGACUUGUGACUGGCCCAGAAACGUGGGUUGCCAGCUGGUGGACAGUGGUACAUCAGCCAGCUCCACAGAGGCACGUAACAAAGCACAGCAGCAGCAACAGCAACAGCAACAGCAACAACAGCAGCAGAAUCAGAAUCAGCAUGUUCCUACCCGCAUUCGCUUUGGAUCCGCCUUUACCAGCCCAGGUUCUACCCAGAAGACAGUUACAGUGCCUCCGCAGUAUCAUCGCUCACCGCCACAGAUCAUACAAGCACAAGUUCAGCAUAUACCACCGCCACCAGAACUGCGCGUCCCACCAAAUCCUGUCGUCACGUCUCGUGGUCAGCCAAAGUCACUGCUGGACUCGCAAGAAGAAAUAGCCAAGCUGUAUGCCGAGGCACAGGAAUCCCUGCCACCAGUUGAAGAGAAGGAAAACGAUCGACAGCAACGUGUUUAUCGUGGCCAGCCGAGUACUGUUAGCCAAGUACAGCGGGAUCGCGAUGGUAUCAUACACCAAGCCAGCAUAAAUGCCAUUCCAAAUCAUGGGAAAAUUGGGUCCUACACCUUUGGGACAGCUUACAGCGAAAGCUUAAACGACGACAUAACAAUUGGACAAGAACUGUCACAUAAUCGACUUGAUUUAGGCAGGAGACGCAAACGACGCGAUGUCAAUGGGUUAGAAACAACAACAACAACAAAAUCAACUACUACCACAACAACUAAAACAACAAUAACGCCAGCGGAAAUCACAAGCGAUUCAAAUAUCUCCAGCGAAGUCACGGAACCAGAUACUCUCGAUAAUCCUCGUGAAGAAGCAAAUAGCUCAAAUAAUUCAAAUAACUCCCAAGAACAUUAUGAUGAAGCUGCGCCAACUGUGACCCAAUUGCAGAAAUUCUCCUCAAAGAUUAGCCAGAAACAAAUCGAUAAAGAAAUUGACUUUAGCCAUAAAGAGACUGACUUUGCUUACGAGGAUGCAGAUUACAUAGAAAUAAAUGAAGAUAACAAUGAUACUGUCACUGGAGAAUCAAAACGACGUCCUCGUCAAUUGCGACCUUUUCCACACGCUUCUCCUAAAUGGCCAGCGAAUAAUUAUCGUUCCAUAGACCAAUCGAAUAUACCGAAAAGUGGUUACAGUUUCGGUAGCUACAAUCCAUAUCUUACGCCACCCAAUCUACAAAGUCAACACACUAAUCACAACUAUAACCAAUUAAGUCCAAAUCUUGGCUAUAAGGUUUAUCCACAGCAGCAGCAACAACAGCAACAUCAGCAACAACAGCAACAUCUGCAGCAACAACAUCAGUCGAAUUUGGCAUAUGGUCAAAAGCCGACAUUCGUAUACACUGGCUACAAUUUGUCAUUGCCACCACCGCAGAUAGAAGAUGAUUUUCGACCUAUUGCCGGUAGUUAUUAUGGUGCAGCCAGCUCGACAAGUUUAAGACCGCCAGCUGGUGGCGAUUUAUUGCCAUAUCUUAUACAGCAACUCAAAGAGCUGAAAGAACGUCGAAAGCAAAUACAAGCUGAAAAUUUUGCCUACUUUCAUUUGGACAAUCAACCCAUUCCACCAGCCACCACUCCGCCAACAGUCUUUGACUAUUAUUCGACAUCCAAGCCGCCUCAACAAGUAACACCAAACAAUCACUAUGCACAAUAUAGUACAAUGGGUGGAUUUUACAACAACAACAACAACAACAACAAGCCGGAUCAACAGCCAAACACAUUAAAUUAUCCAGGCAAACUAAUAUCUCAAUAUAGCAUUGGCCAAGGCCAAGAGCCAACGCAAGGCACAACAACAGAGAGCAAUUACUUUCAGUAUAAUAUAAUUGCAAACCAAAAAAUGAAGGGUGUCUACAACACGGCCAAACUGAAUCAAAUAGAGCAUGCUGUUGUCAAGGUGCGACCGCCAGUCACUCCACUGCAAGUCACGCCCAAUUUUAAUAUUGUUUCGGCUCCCAACUUGGCAGCAAUUAACAAGCCCAGCAAUCUCCAGCAAAUACCAUUCCGGGAUCUGUCACAUUUACCCGUGGGCAUUACGUAUGCCUCAAAUAUCACUAUACCAGAAUCAUAUCAGACCUUUACUAAAUCCAUUAGUUCCACGGCAAUGCCAAAGUUCGAAACAACAACAACAACAACAAGAACAACGGCCAAGCCACAGUUGACGAAUUUUCAAUUUAAUAUUAAUGAAUUUAUGGCAAAUUUGAAAGCUAGUGAUCUGGCAAGUUUCAAUCCGGCUGUUAAUCCAUUAAUUAAGUACUUUAAACAGGUAAGCAAUGAUGGCAGUGGCAAUAUUCGCAAUGCUGUCGUUCUACGUCGACCUGUAACCAGUACAGUAGGCAAUACAGCAACAACAACGACAGCAACAACCACAACACCACGUCCUCCGUUGAGAAACAGGCCGACGAAACCGAUUAGCCCCACUGUAGCCACAAUAUCAACGACAACCCAACGCAUCCUUAAGGGCUAUGAAACUUUUGUUAAGAACAUACAAAAUCAUAAUGCCAAAGACAGUUUUAUCUUGAAUCAAUCAACAAAAAGUACAAGCACUACGCAAAGUCCCAUUGACCUUUAUGACGAGGAUUACGAUGAUGGUAUCGAUGAAGACAUGCUGCCACCGUCCCGCAUGCCACCCUACAUGCCCAUGUCCGAGACGAUGGCACCACCUCGGCCACAGACCGUGGUGACCACUGACAGAUCCAUCGGCACCACCACCACCACCAUCACCACCCCAAUGCCAGACAAGAAACGGCCUAAUCUUCAGACUGGAUUCAUGCAAGCAACAACCACACGGCGACCUUUUCCGAACUUUCUGCAACACAAUCAGGGAAAUAAUCCAGGCAAUGGAGUUCCCGCAUUCAUCAGUUUUCCCAGCGACAUAUUUCAGGAACUGAAGCAACGUUUGCCGCAAUUGCAAGUCGACAAAUCAAAUCAAAAUAAUCGCGUUCGUGUGACAAGUAGUACAGUGAGCACUACAACAACAGCUCCAGCCCGAAUCCGUUACACAGUGCGACCACAACGCACACGGGGACAGCAGAAGUGGCAGGUGCAAGCUAUGGAUAAUCCAGACCAAGGAUCAGAGCAAACUCAAACCCAAAAUCAAACCAAGUCCAGUGUAAACACUGUUAGUUUGGGCGGCCUGCAUUUAAACUCGAUACACAGCACCUCAAAUAUGGAAAGACAAAGAGUUGAUUCAUCCUCACCGUCAUCGCUAACGGCGCAAACAACCGAUAACAUAUUUGUACAACCAAGCUCACAAGCUCCACCGCCACAGUUAGCAUCCAAUCGUAAUUACUACAAUACAUCCAUAUUCAAUCACGGGGUUGGCUACCAAACAUCACAGCAGGCGCAACAGCAGCCACAACAACAACAACAACAACCGACACCAUUCCAACAACCGCAACAACAACAGCAACAGCAACAGGCACAAGCCUUACCAAAUCCCUAUGAUUCAUCAUACUAUUCUGUUUACGACGACGAUAUUGAUUUGUAUAGGGAUAUUGAAUAUCAGCAGCAGCAAGAACAGCAGCAACAGCAUCAACAACAGCAGCAACAACAACAACAGCAACAGCAACAACCCCAGCAAUAUCAGCAGAAUGUGCGUCAACAGCAGCAACAAUCGACUUAUCGCCCCCUGGAAAUAUUGACAACACCAACACCAGCUCAAAGGCCUAGCUACAAUAAUCAGCCUGCUUUGAACUACAACACGGAAUAUGAUGAAGAUCUCAAUGCGCAGAUCGAACAGGACAAUAUUUACGAUCAGCCCACGCGCACUCCACAACGAAACAAUAAUAGAAACCGUGGCAGUACCAUAUACACCAAUCAGGAUCGCGAUACUGUCUCCCCUCCUAAUAGAGGAACCCAUCCACCGAGAACGCGUCCGACACUAAAACCAGCUGGCACGAUUGUUUCAAAGGCGCAAGAGUUUGUAGACAUUUACAGAUAUCCAGCCACACGUCCGGAUCCUCUAUAUCCACAGCCUACGCCGGAUAAGACGGCCGCGAAAUGUCGUAAAGAUGUAUGUCUACUGCCUGAUUGCUAUUGCGGGGGCAAGGAUAUACCCGGCGAACUACCGGUUGAAAGUAUACCUCAAAUUGUACUCUUGACAUUCGAUGACUCUGUUAAUGACCUGAAUAAACAAUUGUACACGGAUCUGUUCGAGAAGGGACGCGUCAAUCCAAACGGCUGUCCUAUCACUGCAACAUUCUACGUCUCUCAUGAAUGGACUGAUUACAGUCAAGUACAAAAUCUAUACUCCGAUGGACAUGAAAUGGCUUCACACACAGUUUCUCACAGCUUUGGCGAGCAAUUCUCGCAAAAGAAAUGGACCCGGGAAAUUGCCGGUCAGCGUGAAAUACUUGCGGCUUAUGGUGGCGUGAAGCUAUCCGAUGUACGCGGUAUGCGUGCCCCUUUCCUUUCAGUUGGCGGAAACAAAAUGUACAAAAUGUUGUACGACUCCAAUUUCACAUACGACUCGUCAAUGCCGGUCUAUGAGAACCGCCCUCCAUCAUGGCCAUACACUUUGGACUAUAAAAUCUUUCAUGACUGUAUGAUACCACCAUGUCCGACUCGAAGCUAUCCGGGAGUUUGGCAAGUGCCAAUGGUUAUGUGGCAGGACUUGAACGGCGGUCGCUGUUCCAUGGGUGAUGCCUGCUCGAAUCCCAGUGAUGCAGAGGGUGUAACCAAAAUGAUUAUGAAGAAUUUCGAGCGUCAUUAUACCACCAACAGGGCUCCCUUUGGAUUGUUCUACCAUGCUGCUUGGUUUACCCAGCCGCAUCACAAGGAAGGAUUUAUCAAGUUUCUCGAUGCCAUAAACGCAAUGAAGGACGUUUGGAUUAUAACCAACUGGCAAGCUCUACAAUGGGUGCGUGAUCCAACACCCACGUCGAGAAUUAACUCUUUUCAGCCAUUCCAGUGUGAUUAUUCGGAUCGGCCCAAGCGUUGCAAUAAUCCAAAAGUGUGCAAUCUGUGGCACAAAUCGGGCGUACGAUAUAUGAAAACCUGUCAACCCUGUCCCGACAUCUACCCAUGGACUGGAAAAUCUGGCAUACGUUCAUCGCGCAUCGACAACGAAGUUGAAGAAACUCAGUCGUAAAGCCUUAAACAGAAGUCUAAACGGCCCGAUAGUAAAAUCCACGCUUAAAUACACCGUUCAUUUAGAUACGAAUAUCUAUGCAGAAAAUGUUCAAUUAGUACUCAAAACCUUUUUUGUUAUAGACAGUAGGCCAAAAUACGGAUUCACUCGUAAAUAGUUCUUCGUCUUCUUAUAAAUACACUAUAGCUAAUUCGUUGAAGGGCAGCAAUAAAUUGAUUUCACUUUUUUGGAGCAUGUUAUUUAAAAUUAUUUAUUCCCUUAUAUUAUAUGUAUGUGUACUGUAUAUUCCUAUAGUUUGCUACUUGUAUGGAAUUCUCUAUUAAGUAGUUUCAAAACGCAAUAUUAUUAUAAGUUACUUACAUAAUUUUAGACAGUAGAAUAAAAACUAUUAAGAGGUAUAUCUUGUGUUUAUCAAUUGAAAAGUGUACACACAAUAUUGAACCCAUUUCCCUUUAGAAUAUUUUUAAUAGUUUGUUAACUGAAUUUGUGAGAAAUGUUUGUAAAAAUAACGUGACAUUGUCAUUAAUUAAGCACCAAGCUUUCAUAAAUACAUUCAUCUAAUCAUCUAAUGAUCUUUUAUAUUAUUUCCUUGUAUAUACUUAAGGACAAUUCACUUUGGAAUUCGGUGAAGGGGUUUUUAGCCUAAAACCUUUGGGUGUAUUUAUAACUCCUACAUAAUUUGUAAUUUUUUUUUUAUAUACCAACUGUUUCAACAAUUUCUUCAGUACAUAAUAUAAAAUUACAAAACAAAACAACAGAUAAAAUCUGACUUACUUACAUAUAAAUUAAACCACAAUUCACUACAUCGAUUACUAUUACAUUUUAUAGUACGAUUUAUAGCAUUAAUGCAGAAAACUAGAUAAUAUGAUUCAAGCAAUGUGAAUUUACUUUAUGGGUAUAUAUGCAUAUGUACAUACUUACUUAUCAACAUCUGAAUAUUAACUUCAUGUCUAUCAAGUGCAUACUAUAACUGUUAACAACUAAUGAGAAAUUUGGCAAGUAUAACAAAUUCAUUAAAAAACCAUCAGCCAAGACCUCAAAUAAUCAGCCUAGCUAAUAGUUUAAAAAGUAAGUCACAUGUGAAUACUCUUUCGAAAGUAUUAGAUGGAUUUGUAAUGCUGCAAACUUAAAAUGAGAUAUGAUUAGGUUAAAUGACUUUAUAUUUUAAGUACAGACAUAUUUAAAGUUUGUGUAGCUGAACACAGCGCUAAAAAUUUAAAUUAGCAACGAGUGAAUAAGUAUUUUGUGCUAAUGAUUGUAAAACAAAAUGAGUACCUAUAAAUGUGUGUAAUAAAAUGAUAAAUUAAUAAAUAUUA